AGUUUACAAACUCAUUCGAUGCAUGUUUUUAUGCUGAAAAAUCGGAACAGGGUCUUAUAUUGUAGUUUUCUGCAUCUUGACAACUUCCUUCUGCAGUUCCUAAACUGUCACACUGUUUUCAAAUCCUUUCAUUCCCUCCCCUCAAAAUAAGCAAUAACUUUUGGUCAUUAGGCGUAAAUAGAUUGUAAAAUAAGUUUACCCCACACACUACUGCACAAUUUUAAUGAAAAUUAAUCAAAUUAUUUGCGUGUAUUUACUACAGAUAAAAUGUAGAUAGUAUGGAGGUACAAAGUACAAAUCUUGACACAUAUCAGGCUAGAGGUACUGAUGUUUAUACUUCUUUGGAGACGGUUGUUCUUAUAUCUAAGUAAAAUGCCAACUUAACCUUUUACUACUGAGUGAUGAGUUCAUAUAUCUCAUCGAAUAUUCACGAGGAAAUUUUGGGGGACAUUAGUGUAGACAAGUUUUCUAGUCCUUAACUGAAUCUGAUGUAAAACAAAGUGUCUCAUUUUCCUUGAAUGCCGCCGUAUUCUUGAUCUUCAUAGAGCUUUCCAAUAGAAUUUUGGAUAACGGUUUAAUUCCAUGCAUGAUCUAAUAAAUUCAAUAAAUACAUUUGCUUCGUGGUCCUAGGUCAUACGCCAUGUGACUGUCAAUUUAAAAGUUCAAUACAGUUGAGUCUUAUUUCCAACAAUCAUAAAACUUUAGACUUGUUUUAUAAUACGUAGCGAAUACAAUGAAUUAAUUUUAUUAGAUUUUUGAAGAAAUGGUGAAGUGUUCUGGAUGCAGUAAAACAGCGUCAAAAUCUCUCCAUAAAAUCUAACACUUCAACCUUAUUGGGAUAAACAAAAGCGUUCUAAGUAAGCAAUAAGUAAUGAAACCCUUAAGCUGUAGAAAGAAACUUGUUAUUGUGAGUAUAUUUCAUGUAUAUCACCUAAUAUCCUUCAAACAGUGACUUAAAUUUUUUGAAUAUUUCACGUAGGAGGUCAGCUAACUAGUUGAAAUAUAAGUGAACAGUCCUGCAGUUCCAUUUACCACAGUGAAUGGACACAAGAAAGGAAAGUGGAUACCGUGAUAAGCAAGAACAGGUAGUGGAAAAUAAUUUAGCGGAAAUUUGUAGAAACAAGUGGAAAUACUUAGGAUUUCAAAGAUGAUAAUAAAUACAAUUGAAUGAUUUUUCUAUUGCUUUUUAGAUUACUUAACGUCCGGAACAAGCAACCUGAUUGUUUAUAAUUAAACAACACAUAGUUGAUUAAUUCUGUUAAAAAGGAAUCAAAAAUGUCACCAAUUCUCUUGCUUACCCAUCCUAGUCAUGUUAUCCUCCCGUCAGAUGAAGCAGCAACUCGAUCAGUCAUGUGUUAUCUAACCAGAAGUGGAUUACCCUAUCGUGUUGAUCGUAUAAUGAAUGCUGAUUCCUGUUCACCGGAUCAUCUACUCCCUGUUACAAUAGUCAAUGGUUUUAUUGAAACUGGUUACACCUCAUUGUGUUUACGAUUGAAAACUUUAAAAGCGAAUAAAAGUCUGGAUUUUGAUAUGAUGAGAUUAUCCUCAAGAAAUUUAAAACAUACUUAUAUAUUUUGGAUAUCUGAUCUAUUACGUAAUAUUAUGCUUUAUUUCACAUGGUUGCACGAGACAACCUAUAAUAAUUUCACUUAUAAACGUUUAGAAGCAAGUACACGAUGUCUACUUAUUACUCAAUUUAUUGCUAGACGUAAACGAAAACAGCACACUGACUUUCUUAAAUCGAUUAAUUGGGAUAAACGAAGUAUAGGAGAUAUUUCAAAAGAUAUGGAAGCACUUUGUGUCAGUGUUGUUGAACUACUUGGCAGUGGGCCAUUCUUAUUUGAAAGUGAUUCACCUGGUAAAGCUGAUGCUCUUCUCUAUGGUUAUUGGACUGUGUUCUAUGAAUUUUCAGAAUACUUUAAUGCUUUAAAGCCUAUUAUGGAUAAAUAUUCUACGAUUAGUGAUCUUGUUCAACGGAUUGCUGAACAGUGUAACCAGCCUGUAAUUGUAUUUAAAUAGUUAAUAUUUUUUAAAAUUUAGACGUGUGUUAGAUUUAUGAAAUUUUCUCUUUUUUUAGUUAGACAUCAUAUUAAUUCAUUCAACGAAUAUGCAUUCAUAUACACACAUAUAUAUAUAUAUAUCCAUGUACACAGAAAAGAGGCUUCAAAAUAUAUACUUUACAUUCCGAG